CCGCGACCUGCCUAUCCGGCCGCCCAAAUUCUGGAGCCUCGGAAGAGGAAACUCUCCUGUGCAACUCGGGAGAUGUCUUGGUUCGAGAUACCGGAACCCAUAGUCAAGCUGGAGUUGGGUGGGGUAAACUACGGGCUGUGGGCAUUGGUAACGAGGAUCACUCUCCAAGCCCGUGGUCUCUGGGGGCACAUCACCGGCGAGAGUGCCUGUCCUCCUGCCCCUGUCCCUCCUCCCCAGCCACAGGCUAAUGCUGCUAAGGAGGUCGUCGAUGCUGCCAAUAAGGCUUUCAAGGACUAUCAGAGCGCUCUUGAUGCAUACAAGCAGUGGGAUGUCGACGACGCCCGUGCCAUGCUCAUUCUGCUUCACAGUGUCGAGGCCAACAUCACCCACCUGCAGCCGGAGAGCGCCCAGCAGAUGUGGGCGCACCUUAAGCAGCUCUACCAGCCAGUUGUCGACACCAUCCAUUACUCUGUGCUGCAGCAGCUCCAGACACUUAAGCAGAAUGACGAUACUGUGGAAGCCUUUUUCGACCGGUUCAUGGAUCUUUGGUGCAAGCUCAAUUCAUUGGUCCCACUCCCAGAUGUAUGUCGAGGAUGUGCUUGCUGCGUGAAGCGCCAUCAGCACGAUGACAAACACUGUCUCUACGAGUUUCUCAUCCGGCUUCGGCCAGAGUUUGAGCCUGCCAAGGUUCGGUUGUUGAGCUGUUCUCCUCUACCGUCUGUGAUCAAGGCACGUAACACCCUUAUUGAUGAGGAGAUUUGGCUCCAGAGCACUGCUCCUGUUAUUACUCCUGCUGAGAAGAAGAAGAAGAAGAAGAAGAAGAAGAAGAAGAAACGUAGUGGAGGUCGCCCCAAUUUGAGGUCUUCUGAACCUUCUGAAGGUUCUUCAUCGCUGUCCCAGAAUGAGGUUGCACAGAUGGUUAACCAGUUUCAAUGCCUAACUCACCAGGGGUCAUCAGGGUCUACCAAUCUUCCUCACUCCAGGAACUUUAGGCAGCAAUCAUGAUUGGGAUUGUUCGUUGUAGAUUAUCAGCUCCUUUACAUCCUUGAUGGACACAACCUUUUAUCCACGUCUGCAAUGUCCAUGCCAACUGCCACCGCCUCUGCCACCAGUUUCCCUGAUAGUUUAGGAGUUAGGACACCAUGUGGAUUGUGCCUAUUGUAGUUAGUAUUUUGGGGUGUCGUUGCCUUGCUUAUCAUGCGUUCUUGACACUUCCAUGGUUGUUAAUUUUUCUAGUGAUUCCAUAUCUACUCAUCAUCUCGAUCUGGUUAACUCUAAUGUAUAUGCAUCUGGUCCUUUAAGGAUGAUAAAAAAUUCACAAUUAUUAUGUGAUUUUCGUUUA